CUCUCUAUACCUGCUGGUGUGUUGAUGUAUGUUUAGCCUCUCUCUCCUGAGUCAGGCACUGAGGGCCGUUCAUCUGGGGAACAUGUUCAGCCUUAUCAAACUUCAGCGUGUCUUCACUGUGCACCAAGUGCCCAAAGCAUUUCACGAGGACAGUAUCAUCUCUGGAUAUCGACACCCUCGUAGUUCGGCCACAGACUGUGUGUUGAGUCUCUUUCAGCUCACCAAUGAGACCCUCAAUGUCUGGACUCACUUUCUACCAACCUGGUAUUUUCUCUGGAAGUUGAUGACAGUGUUGUUGAUGGAGGAUGCGUGGUUUGAUGCGUACACAUGGCCUCUGCUGGUCUUCUUGUUCUCCUGCUGUGUGUAUCCAUUGGCCUCCAGCUGCGCCCACACCUUCAGCACCAUGUCUACCCGCGCUCGCCAUAUCUGCUACUUCUUUGACUAUGGGGCACUCAGCCUGUACAGCCUCGGCUCAGCGAUCAGCUACUCUGCAUAUGUUUUUCCUGACGCAUGGCUGAACAGCACAUUUCAUGCAUACUACAUCCCUGCAGCUGUACUAAACACCAUCCUCUCAACCUGCAUGGCCUGCUACUCCAGGCUUGGCAUACCAUUCCUUCACUAUAACCAUGGCAUCGAUGAAAGAUUCUCGGAGAGACAGAGCCCACGGCUGAGUAAGGUGUUGCGAAUUCUUGCCUUUGCCUACCCUUACCUGUUUGACAACAUUCCUCUCUUCUACAGGUUGUUUCUGUGUGUAGGUGAGGGUUGCACUGAUAAUGAUGCAAACUCCAUUCAUGUUCAUCAUACAUUGCUUGCUUUUCUCACCGGCUUCCUGUUUGCAACACACUUGCCUGAGAGACUGGCACCUGGACGCUUUGAUUACAUAGGCCACAGCCAUCAACUGUUUCACGUGUGUGGAAUAAUUGGGACACACUUCCAGAUGAAGGCCAUCGAAGCAGACAUGGUGCUGAGACAGUCACAGCUGCUGGUCACUGCUCCUCCUUUCACAUUUAAUAACACAGUUGGAUCAGCUCUGGUCUGUGUCUGUAUCAGUCUGGGGAUCAUAUGUCUUUAUAGUCUACCUCUGCUGUACGGCUCCUCAGAAACACACACAACGAGGACUGAAGGAAAGAAAUGCGAGCACUAAAAGCUACUUGAGACAGGGGGUCUCUGAAAGAUUAACUGCAGUCUUGCACAAGUUACCAAAGUUAUUAUGAAAAUAUAGCUAGGACGUUCUUACCGGAUAUUACGUUAUAAAAAAUCCCUUGGGUUGUACGUUUACUGAAGCUAUGCAACCUGAAAUAGCAAAGAGUAAUGAAUGUGUUACUACAUGAAUUCUGCUUCUCAGGGAAGAGCAAAAAAAAAAAAAAA